AUUGCGCGCGGGGGCUGGGGUUUUGUUAGCAAGGCGAGUGAAUUAAUAAGAGCAAAAGAAAUUAAAACUAGAAAGAAUAAAAGACAGUAAGUGCGCACUCCUGCCCUGUGCCGUUCUCCCGGAGUCUCAUAUGCGGCGCGUUGGCGGAGGGAUGCGACGACUGUGUGCGGCGCUGCUGUGCCUGUGCGCGCUGGGCGCGCUGCGAUCGAGCCCGUCGGCUGACGCGUGCUCGUGCCUGCUUACGCACCCGCAGGACGCGUACUGCAGCUCGGACAUCGUCAUCCGUGCCAAGGUGGUGGGGAAGAAGCUGUUGAAGGAUGGACCCUUUGGCACCAUGCGCUACACGGUCAAACAGAUGAAGAUGUACAAGGGGUUCAACAAAAUGCUGCACGUACAGCACAUCUACACGGAUGCCUCCGAGAGUCUCUGUGGAGUGAAGUUUGAAAUAAACAAGUACCAGUACCUGAUCACAGGCCGUGUGUACGAGGGCAAGGUCUACACAGGCCUGUGCAACUUCAACGAGCGCUGGGAGCGCCUGAGCCUCUCGCAAAAGAAGGGCAUCAACCAUCACUACCAACUGGGCUGUAACUGCAGGAUUAAAGCCUGCCACUACCUGCCUUGCUUCGUGACAUCCAAGAACGAAUGCUUGUGGACAGACAUGCUUUCCCACUUUGGAUACCCAGGCUAUCAGUCCCGCCACUAUUCCUGCAUCCAGCAGAAGGAGGGCUACUGCAGCUGGUACCGAGGAGUGUCCUCCCGCCACAAAACCACCACCAACACUACCGACCCUUGACUGCACCCCUUACCCCCCCAUAGCACUGUGAGCUGUGCCAUGUCCAGGGAGCACCUUCCUCCUCACUGCUAGAGACUUCACACAUAAACAUGCGCAGGCAGACAGCUGACAGACACACAGGUCAUCAAUGCUAUGCUACUGCUGAUGCCCACAGCAUCAUACGGUUUCAAGCGCAAAGUAGUUAAGGGAACUGUCGUUGCACCAGGCCUCCCUCCAUGGCAGUGCUCAAGGGGUUCAGGGUAAUUUAUGUAAAUCUCUAACUUUCCUCCAUACUAUUUAUCCUCUGUAUUUAACAAGGUUAUUGGACAGGUUGUCGCCAGUACGAGGACAAUGCGAAGGGGGGUGCAGGGCCCUAGGCAACUGCAUUUGUUUCAAUACAACCUUUAAUAAGUGAACCUGCCCUGCCUAUGUAUGCAUCACUUGUAUAUACACAUACAGAGUAUACGCCAUAACAUAUUUAUUGAUGACUUUGUCCCCUUUCUGCUGUUCUACAUGUUGUAGAGGUAUUCUUACAGUAACUGUCACGAUUCACAGAAACAAGGAUGUAUUUGCUCAGUGAGGGCACCGGUUCCUCACAUGCAGCUGUAAAUGCUGAGACCGCUCUGCUGAAUGUGAGCUUGGAGGGCAAUGAACUGGUAACCCAGGCGACCCCCAAACACCAUCACUGCUCAGCUGACUUGGUGACCCUGGCCUCUAAUACACUAUUCAUCGCUUGGAUAGAAGACAAAAACCCCCCACGUGUACAGCUGAGCAUUUGUCUUUUGUUCAAAAGAACCUUGCUGUAAAUCAUGGGCUGUGUGGGGGGGGGGGAAUUGUCUACUGUAUUUUAGAAGAAUCUUUUUGUAAGGAAAGUCUUCCAAAAAGUACUUUUUAAAACAUCUGAUUUUUCUUAGCAGUUUUGGUGUCAUUAAUUUUAUAACUAUAAACAAUGACAUGGAGAAUGAAGGAUGACUGUUUCUUUUUUGGAUCCAAGCGUGGAGCUGCAUGGAAGCCACUGCAGCAUUCCUUGUAUUAAAACUGUUUUUUUUUUUUUUUUUUUUUUUACUAUGAUUAAACAGUGUGUAAGAGUGUA